CUGCGCGUUCCGUGGGACACUGGUGCAUUGCGGGAAAUGUAGUCUUCUGGAGUUGCCGCUGAAGCUGCUGUACCUGAUCUGUAGGUGACGAGUCCCAAGUAGGAAGUGUGGAAGUUGUGGGACCGGCUCUUGACGGCUCUGAGCUGUGGACGGUAAAUGACGAUAUUUUAUGGGUGAAUCGAUUAAAAUGGAAAUUUCCAAUCCUCUCACCAAUCUGGCAUGGACAUCUGGCCAAUCAACGUGCCCCAAAACCCACACUAUAGUUGCAGCUACCACAGAAGGAGCAUCUGCUAACUUUGUAAAGGGAUUUAACCAGAAAUCUGCGCUUUAUCUCUGCUACAGCACAACACCAGAGAGCACGGAACUUGUGAUUACUGACGUUAUAAUACUGAGUGAAAAGAGCCCCUUACCGGUAGGAUUUGCAUUUAUCGGGGAAUACAUAGAUGCAAAGGUUACAGUUCCUAAGAAGAAGCGUCUGUGUGCUAAUUGGAGCCCUAUACACACUGCGGGUUCUGCUGUCUCGGAAAUCAAGCUUACCGUGAAGAACAAGCAGCUUGGCCCCCCAUAUACACGUAUCGGUGAUAUGAGUGGCCUGGCCUUGUGGUGCAAGAAGGUUCCUGUUUCUGCCCCAAAACCUACUCCUAAGCCUCGAAACAUCACAUCGGGCAUCAGAGGACUGAGCCUAGAUACCAGCAGCCCGGCACAGCCAAGCACAGACCUGGCUCCUGCUCCCGUAGUUUCUCCUAAACCAGGUGGAAAAUCACCCAACCCCAUAUACGAGGCCGGCAUCUACGGUGUCUCUGCUAUUGAUGGAAUUCCCUUCACCAUCCACCCGAUGUUUGAAAGCAAGGCUGCCGGAAAUGAUAUAAUCUCUUCUAACUUCAGGGAUCUUCGAAUCAAAACCUUGGCUGACAUAGAAAACGAGUACAACUACGGAUUUGUGGUGGAGCGCACGGCUUGUGCUAGAUGACUGAUGCAACUACUGUAGUCUUCAGUGGACUCGUCUGCAAUAAUUACCUGACCAAAUGUUGGUGACUUGAAAUGUAAAAAUGAAAAAUAUAUGUAUAUACACUCAUACACUCAAUAUACACACAUAAGGCUGGUUCUGAGCUAGGACCAAAUCAGAAAAAAGUACAGCAAGUAACUUUGCAUCUGGAACAAGGGUUAAUCCAUAUCAAAUGGUCCCGAAUUAAAUUAAUUGGUUGCUUGAC